UUACUCUCCAUCCUCCCCACAUAGUCCCUCAGAACUAACUUCCAUUCCCAAACCCCGUUGGUCCUCCCCGAGGGCCGCGAGCAGCCCUCUUCCUUCUCUUCCUUUCUCCUCCACCUUCACCCCUUCGUCCGCCCCCGUCACAUGUGCUGAGAGCAGAGAGCGUUCUCUUCCCCUCCUUUCUCCUCCCCUCCCCACUCCUCCCAUUCCCUCCCAGCCACCUCCUCCUCCUCUCCCCGCUCCUCCACGGUGCGUGUGUUUCGGUGUGUGUGCCUGUGUAUGUGAGCGGACGCCCGAGUGUCCACGGGCCAGCGAGGCGGGGGAGCAGGCAGCCCCGCAGCCGCCGCUGCCACUGCCUCCUCCGCUCCGAGAGCUUCUCCUCUGUCGCAAUAUGCCUCCUCUGCCCCCUGGCUUUUCGCCAUGUCGAGGAUUUGCGGGAGCUUUCCCUUCACUCUGCUUCUAGGUCUGGUCGCGGUACUGCUGAAAGGGAGGCUCGUUCCCGCAGCCUCAAGAGCCGAGCCCAGCCGCUCGGACCUAAGCCUGAUUCAGCAGCAACAACAGCGGCAGCAGCAGCAGCAACAACAGCGACAGCAACAGCAGCGAGAGGAAGAGGAGGACGACAGGCCAGAGGUACCAGGAGCAUCCUCUAACCUAUCCAGUUCAGUAUCUCUGUUUUUACUGAAAGUCCAUGUGAAUGAUAUCAUUAGUCGUCAAUACUUGCACCAAGCAGUUGUAGAAGUGUAUGUGAACCACACCAAGACAAAUUCUACAGUAACUGGAAGCAAUGGAGCAGUGUUAAUAAAAGUUCCCUAUAAAUUAGGCGUCAGCUUGACUAUCACAGCUUACAAAGAUGGCUACCUGCUAACACCAUUACCUUGGAAGACCAGAAGAAUGCCAAUAUAUUCAUCAGUGACACUUUCACUGUUCCCUCAAAGUCAAGCUAAUAUAUGGCUAUUUGAAGAUACUGUUUUAGUUACUGGAAAAUCAUCUGAUGCCAAAUCUCAACCAAGCAUACAAUUUCCAAAGGCUUUAAUUAAACUUCCAAGCAGCCAUCAUAUUAGUAAUGUCACUGGCUAUCUUACAGUGCUACAACAGUUUCUGAAAGUAGACAACUUACUUUACACAACAGGAAUUCUUCUAAAUAAAUCAGGUUUUAAAAGCAUUGAAUUGACUCCUCUUGCUGCAAUAUGUGUGAAUAUCUAUUCUGGUGGGAAAGAACUAAAUGUGGAUGGAUCUAUUCAAAUUACUCUCCCCCUCUUGGACCCAAGCACUGUAAAGGCAGGGGAUGCUCUACCUGCUUGGACAUUUGACAUGAAAACUGGUGCUUGGGUGAAUCGUGGCUUAGGAAUGGUCAAGAAAUUUAAUGACCAUUUAGUAUGGACAUAUGUGGCUCCACAUUUAGGAUACUGGAUUGCAGCACCACUUCCUGGAACCAGAGGUUCACUUGUAAGUGAAGUCUCCAAGGACAUAACUGCCUACCACACAGUGUUUUUGACAGCCAUAUUGGGAGGCACAGUCGUCAUUCUCAUUGGCUUUUUUGCUGUUCUUCUUUGUUAUUGCAGGGAUAAGUGUGGUGGAUCACAAAAAAGGGAAAGAAAUGCCACAAAACUUGAGGUCCUUAAGAAGGACCAGACAACAUCAACAAGUCACAUAAACCAUAUAAAUUCAGUGAAAGGUUCACAAAAAACUGAGGAUAGAUUACAAUUGUACCACUCUAAGAAUUCACCAUAUAGUCCUCGCAAAAAGGAUUCUACAAAGUUGGAACCUGAAGACAGAGUAUCUGUGGUGAAAACUCGGGACAGUUUUAAAAUCUACAAUGAAGAAGUUUCAUUUCUGUCAACCAGUCAGAAAAGUCAUUCAAGAAACUCAAGCCAGUCAUUAGAAAAUAAUACUGCAUCUAGACAGGCAAUCCAACUGAAAUAUAGUAAUAGCAAUGUCUCUCCAUCAGGUGAUACUCAAGAAAAAAAUAGAUAUCUUGCAGUAAGUGAAGAGAUGUAUGGGCUUUCUCACAUACCUGAACAACUGAUGCAUAUCUACAGUCAGCCAAUUGCCAUUCUUCAAACAUCUGAUAUUUUUCAUUCUCCAGAACAGUUACAUUCUGCUAAGUCUGCUACUUUGCCAAGAAAGGGACAGGUAGUCUAUGGCCAAUUGAUGGAACCAGUAAACCGAGAAAACUAUACCCAAACAUUACCCAAAAUGCCAAUACAUUCUCAUUUGCAGCCCCCUACCACAAGAGAGGAGAAAAUUACACCUGAAGUUCAACAGAGCUUACCAUCCCAAACUUCAGAUUGGAGUCGAUAUUCUAAUAGUUUAUUAGAAUCAGUCUCUGUUCCAGGGACACUAAAUGAAGCUGUUGUAAUGACUCCAUUUUCAUCUGAACUCCAAGGUAUUUCAGAGCAGACACUAUUAGAACUAUCCAAAGGAAAGCCCUCACCACAUCCCAGAGCCUGGUUUGUUUCUCUGGAUGGAAAGCCAAUUGCUCAAGUGAGGCAUUCCUUUAUAGAUCUGAAAAAGGGGAGAAGAACCCAAAGUAAUGAUACCAGUCUGGACUCUGGAGUGGACAUGAAUGAGCAUCACUCCAAUCGAAAACUUGAGAGGGAGAAAACAUUCAUUAAAAGCAUGCACCAACCCAAGAUCCUUUAUUUAGAAGAUUUAGACCUGAGUAGCAGUGAAAGUGGAACCACUGUUUGUUCCCCUGAAGAUCCAGCUUUAAGGCACAUUCUUGAUGGAGGGAGUGGGACGAUCAUGGAACAGCCUGUGGAAGAGUCACUAAGAAGAAAAAGCACAGCUGAAGAUUUGGAAGCUACUAUGUCCCCUACCAAAAAAAGGGGCAGAACCCCUUUGGCUAAAAAAGAUAGUAAAACUAAUAUCUGGAAAAAGAGAGAGGAGAGGCCACUCAUUCCCUUAAAUUAAUCUAUUAAAACACUUACUCUCCCUGACAGCCAUUGAGCUAUCUUAAAUCUUAUAAAACCUAAUGUGAAUUUUUGUAAAGAGCUGCUGAGGCUGAGCUAUUUCUUAUUAACAGGUAUAGUUCAAGGUAACAAUUGCAGCUAUGAUUUCAUAGGAGUAACAUAUAAAAUGUAUAAUAUUAUUUUGCUACUCAGAGAAAACUACUGAGGAAAGCAUUUGACCAAUUCCAUUUUACUUUCUAAUUGUUUUCCUCCUUUGUUAGUGAUGAGUUUGAGGAAAUUUAUCACAAAAUAUCACAAAAUCACAAAAUAGCCUCAGUGUAUUUAUAUUGCAGGCAUUUUGCUGAUGCUGAAAAAUGUGUGCACCAAAAGUGAUUCCCCAAAUUUUGCCUUUGCUUGGAAUAACUAUCCAUUUGUAACAUUUUAAAGUAUUUCCUUCGGCAAUCAUUGCUUUCUUGUGAAAUGCCUACAGACUUAUCACCUUGUUCUCUACUUGUGCUUGAAAAUAACUUGAUAGAUGUUUUGGACUGAUACUAUUCUAGAGUUUAUAAGUGAAACAGGAUUUUCCUUUAGUGUGAUUAACAGCAUGUAUAGUGUAUCAUUCCUCAAAAUAAUCCCACCCUAACUCACCUAAGUUGGGCCAGUGGUAACUUGGUAGUAUUUGCUUAGUGAGGAAAAUGACCUGUAUUCUGAUAAUUGAUAAUUAUAAUAAUAAUUAGUGAAUUGAGGUAAAAAAUGUCAAGAAAUUUUCUUUUUGUCCAACCUCCCCAGUUUCUAACUUUAUUUUCUUUAAAUAUGUUUAUUUCAUGAACACUAAAAUCACUUAAUGAGUUCCUUCUAAUUCAGUGAUCAUGAGGUCUUGAUCAAUGAAGUUUUUCAUAAACAUCAGAAAUUUACUUAAAAAUUCAUUUAAAAGAAGAAGUUAACCUUUUGAAAUAUUGUGGAAAAGCCAAUUUUUUCAGAGUGAGAUAUUGUGUUUUGGCUAGCAGAAAAAUGAUGCAAUUUUUCAUAUGCUCUAAAAAUAUCUUCUAGAUAUUAUUUAUAAAAAUUCUAGUUAAUAUUCAUAAAAGAUUCUUAUGAAAGUGGAAGAAUUUUCAUCUUGAAUCAUUAAAAGUACCAAAUUCCUUUUUCAAAAUGAAAUUAUCAUUUUAGAAGUAACAUAUCUAUAUGUCUUUCAUCCUUCAGUGCAAUAGAAUGACUUUUAUAGCCAGCCCAAGGAAUUCUUUAAUUUGGCUAUUAGCCAUCAUAAAAUAAGAUGAUCUGUGUUAAAUAUAAUAAAUUAACCUCUUUAUUUUUUCAUUCUUUCAGAAAAUGGAAUAUCUGGAACCCCCUUUUUCUCUAAGACAACAAUGUAACUCAAUUUGCUUUGUUAACUUCCUGACUCUAAGUCACACUAGUUAUAAUUAGAGCAAGUAGAAAAACCUAAUCUAUUAUUGACUGAGUCAUUCAAAAAAUAAUCCUUAGACUCAAAAAAGGAAGGGAAAUAAUUUUUUCCAAGUAAUACUAAAGAAAGAAAUGACAGAUGACACAAACCUGAUGCUUAUAACUAUGAAUGAACUAGACAGUCCAGUACAAUGAAAGAAUAUGGCAGAGUUGACAACGACCUUUAAUAAAAUUAUGUGUUUAAAUAGAAAAAGGUAAUAUUAACUCAUCCCAGAAUGAUACAUUUAUAACUAUGUAUCUCUACUUGUGAAAUGACUUUCUGAUAAUUUUAUUUGAUAUAUUUCUUUGGAGAACUUAUAGCUCUUGACAGACAUUUGGUAUCUGUUUUUAUCAUAGAUAGUAAUUGUUCCAAUCAACUCAAGAGGUGAUUGCUUUGGAUAAUCCUUAUGCUUAAAUUUUAGAAAUGAACUAAGAUCUACAAUUGAUGAUUAUUCAUCAUUUGUCAACCAUAUGGAAAAUGCAUUGAAGUGACUUAAAUAGUCAUAGCAUGGAAAAGGUCAAGGAAUUAAUAUUAUGCUGAAGUGCCUUUAAUACACUUAUACUUUGUCAGAAAAACAGAACAAAAUAUUAAAAGCACACAUUUUUUUUUCUGUUAGCCAAAAUAUCAUCACUCAAAUGGAUAUUUUCCUUUCUUUUUUUUGCUAAUUUUUAAAAAGACAAAAAUCUAAUGUUUCAUGUUGGAACAGUGAAUUUUCCAUGUAGGUAAUAUUUAACUCUCCUUUCUUCUAUUCCCUAUGUUGAUUUUUUUAUUCAUCUAAUAAAUGUUGACAGAUUGUUCAUGUUGGAAUGAAGUUAAAAAUUAUACAGAAAAAAUAUCACCUCUUCAGUCAUUUGAGCAGAAUUAUUUUUUCUUCUUUCAGCCAAAAAGUCUAAUUUCCCAUUUUAGUGACAGAAUGUUGACUCAAAGUAUUUACAUAAGGCUGUGUGGGUGAACUCAACUCAGGGCCUCAGUAUCUUGAAAGGAUCACACUAGGCAGACACUCACUCAGAUUGUUCAUUUGUGUGCAAGGGCAAUGAGGAGAAUUACUCAAGGAUUUUUCUUGAAAGAUUAUCAGUUUUGGAGAUAGGUUUGAAGUGGUUUUUUUGUAUAGUCUGGUCUGAGUUUGAAUAUUGGUGGUUUAUUCUUUCUAAUGAUCUUGGUGGUUUUUUCCUUUUAUUUGAGAACAACUUAUACUUUCCUGUUAAAAAACAAAACAAAAUUAAAAAAAAAAGCCCAAAGCCAUCUACCCUUUCUUACUCCAAGGGACAAAAAGCCAGUCCCAUAUGUGAUACUUAUAACUUUCUUAAAUUUUUGAAUUGAAAAUAUCCAGGAAUUUUUGCAAAUAUAAAAUUGAUUAAUUUUGGUCACAAAUUAUUAACAUUUAUGGAACCUUUGUAUAUACUUAGGAUAUAUCUUUAAAAAGUAAAUUAUUCCUCAAUUAACUGAUGGAUUCAUUUAAUAAGCACAGUAAUAUGUAUUGUUUUGAUACAUAUUAUGAUCUUGAGCCUUUAUAAAAUAUAUUUUUACAACAUUUUUGAAGUUGAAUGGGGGAUUAGGCCCUUUUUUAAAUGCACAGUUAAGGCAUGAAGCUCACCAAAUUCUCAAAAAAAAAUAGUUCCUUCUUGCUUUGGCAAUCAUUUUUAAACCAUUGCGUGUGAUAUAACCCUCUUACAAUAUGACUCAUUAUAACAUAUACUGGAACAUUCCAUGGGUCAAAUAAUGUUCCAUAAAUCAUAAUUGUAUCACAUAGUAAAAACCUAAAAUAACAUGGUUUGGUUUACAGUUAUUUCUAUUCAUUCACACCAAUGUUAUAAAAAAGUUCUCACUGUCCUUCCAUUUCAGACCUGUAUUGAUGUUAUGCAUCCUCCUUUCUAAGUGUUUCUAUCUUUUGUAUUUUUAUCAGAGGUGUCUUUUCACAUUUCAGUAUAUUUAUGAUCAACAAUAUGGUAUUGAUAAAAUGAUAACGCUAAAGAUUUGUAAAAUGUUCAAGCAGUUCAUUAAAAACAAUAAAAUGAUAUGAAAAUAUUA